CAAUGGCGGCCACAGAGGAAGAGAUGGCGACGAAGGAAGGCGCUAACCUAUUGGGAAAGCCAAAGUACAAGAAACUAGAGAACGGGAGAUUCAGAUGCGUGCAAACAGGUCACGAGCUACUCGAGAAAGACAAGAAAGUCUAUUCAGAGAGCAAACGGUGCCGUUUAGGGCUUAUAGAUCACGCCUUAUCCCACAGCAAGCCUCCUCUUAACCUCUUUGAGCAAGAUCCUACCUCUCGUUCAAAGCUGUUGUGUAAGCUUACGGGUGAUACAGUGAACAAGACUGAGGAACAUAUUUGGAAGCAUAUCACUGGACGGCGCUUCCUUAACAAAUUAGAGGAGAAGGAACGAGAGAAAGAGUCUGGGUUUGUUCAAGAGGAAGGUGGUGAAGCUGUGGCGAAAGAGGAUGGUGUAAAGGAAGCUAAGAAGAAGAAUAAAAAGAAGAAGAAGAAGAAGAAGAAGAAUAAGAAGGAGAAGAAGGAAAACAAGGAGUUAGAUGAAAAGGAAGAGGAAGGAGAGGAUGUUAUUAUGGAUGAAGUUGAACAUGAGAAUGAUGAAGAGGUUGAAGAGAAAGAGCUUGACUUUUGGAUGCCACCAGAUGGAGAGAGGUGGGACUUUGAUGAUGGAGGAGACCGGUGGGGAUCUGAUUCAGACGAGGAAGAUGAUCCAAUAGGUGAGAUUGAUGAAGAUGGAAAGACUAGUUUGGAUGACUGCAUAAUAGGUGAAGUUGAUGAAGAUGGUGCAAACAUUUUGGAUGAGACUCUUGAAAGUAAAAAGAGGAAGCCUGAAGAGCUCGGUUCCAAUAGCCUCCCUUCGAAGAAAAAGAAGAAGAAGAAGAAGGUCAAAACAACAGCGUCAUAAGUCUUAUCUGAUCUCUCUCUCUCUUUCUUUCUUUCUGUUAUUCUUCCUGUUUUUGUGUGAUUUUUUCACUAUGAACUCUGUGUUUCAGCUUAUGGGAUCAGUUUUGAUAUUAUUUAGUGAUAGAAAACAGGUUUAAUCAUUCUCUCUAUUUAAUGGCCAUGUUAGAGGUCUUGUGAUAUGAGUCCUGUCCAAUGAUUCGGCCGUUACAUUCACGAGGCAAAUAGAAUCUUUAGUAGUUU